UUUUGUUUGGCGGAGACGGGUCGAACGCGGGAGGCUGUUUGCCAAAGAGUUGCUCUCUUGCUUCAAAACGAGACUUUCUUUUCCCGACUGUAGUUGCGGCUCUUCUGCCUCUCCGUGCUUUUUAUCUUUACAUUUCCAUUCGUGGGUUCUUUGUGGGGCUGACCAAGCCUCCUUUAAACUGCAAAGCUGGCGAGCACAAUGGGAAAAAAGCAAAACAAGAAGAAAGUGGAGGCGGUCUUAGAAGAGGAAGAGGAGGAAUACGUGGUGGAGAAAGUUCUUGACAGGCGGGUAGUGAAAGGCAAAGUGGAAUACUUGCUCAAGUGGAAAGGCUUUUCAGAUGAAGAUAAUACAUGGGAGCCAGAGGAGAAUCUCGAUUGCCCUGACCUAAUUGCAGAGUUCCUGCAAUCCCAGAAAACAGCACAUGAAAGUGACAAGUCAGAGGGAAGUAAGCGCAAGGCUGACUCCGACUCUGAGGAUAGGGGGGAAGAAAGCAGACCAAAGAAAAAAAGAGAAGAGGCUGAAAAGCCUCGAGGGUUUGCAAGAGGGUUUGAGCCAGAACGGAUUAUUGGUGCCACAGAUUCCAGUGGGGAGCUCAUGUUCCUAAUGAAAUGGAAAAACUCAGAUGAAGCUGAUCUGGUUCCUGCCAAGGAAGCUAACAUCAAGUGUCCACAGGUGGUCAUCUCAUUUUAUGAGGAAAGGCUCACAUGGCACUCUUAUCCCUCGGAGGAGGAUGAUAAGAAGGAUGACAAGAGUUAAGUUGCUUGCCCUUCUGUCCUCAUCCCUCCUUUGGCUGACUUUUGUAUUAAGAGAACAGACUGUGGGUUUGAACAUGAGGAAGAAGUGAAGAGACACUUGGCUGAGGAGGAUACCCUCUGUAGAAACAGGACAAGAUCUCUGCUUGUGUGUGCAUGUGCAUAUUCAUAAUCUGUCACCUUGAUUGGAGGAAUGAAGGCCACCAACAGAAACAGCAAGUGCAGGUGCUUGUUCUGUAAAGAUCACCUGAAAUUUGCAACCUUUCUCCCAAAUAGUAUUAACAGCAUUUUUAUAGUUUAGCAUGUGUGUGUAGGUUUGAUUCCUUUUUUGCUAUUUUUUGUGUAUUGUUGAGGUGGGAAGGGAGGGUAUGCGCCAACUGACUUGAAACAAAGUGUAGUUUACAGUAUUCUAUAGCCAGAAUCAUAGUUCUUUAAAAAAAACCUGCAUCUUACUGCAAUUAAAAUAGGUUACUCUUAAUCAAAAUGCUGGAGCAAAUGCAUCUUAAGUGUUAGCAUUAACAGCUAAGGCUGUAAUCAUGAAUGCAGCUAAUAAAAGAAUUAUUGUCACACAUCUAAAAUUAGGGAAGAGGAAAAUUUAACACCUUGUCCUAAAAUAGACUUUCUUUUCUGUAUCCUUUUAACUUCCCCUUCCCACAGAACUAGGAUUACUUUACUUUCCUGUAUGUAUUUGAACUUGAGAAUCAUGAGUGGUGGGGGGACGAAAGGAGUGAAAUCUACUUUCCUACAGCAUAAGUUGCAGAAUAGUCUGUAAACACUUUUUGUCAGACCUGGGCAUUAAUGAUUACUUUGCCUUGGCCCUCCACUUAUUUUUAAUGUAAUAGACUUCUGUUUUUACAAAGGACAUAAUUUUACCUCUGAAUUUGCUCAAGUCCUAGUAAGCCACCAACUUCUUCACAGGGCAGCAUGUAUGUAGAACUGCAUUGUACAAAUCUUUUUUAAAGUAAAGCAUGUGUUAGGCUUCUGUGAAAAUGUCUAAAACUUAAUUGUUUGGAUUUUAACUUCAUACUGAACUGUCCUUUUGUCCAUAAUAAAAUU